CAUUGCGAUGAAUAUUCAACAGUCGAAAUCUUUCACGUAAAAUGGCGACUCGGGUGAAAUCAUGGCGACAACAAUGAGAAGACGAUUUCAUCAGAAACAUGGCAACUUGAUUUUACUGACCAACAACGGUAGAACGGCGAGUAGAAAUGAGCCACGGCAAGAAUUCAACAAUGGACUCGUAAUCAGCAAGUCAGUUUUAAAAGAGGACGAAAUCUUCGAAGUUAGAAUUGACAAGAAGGUGGAAACAUGGAGUGGUUCUAUUGAAAUCGGUGUUACGUCCCUGGAUCCAGGCAAUUUGGAGUUACCCACCAGCGCGACCGGUUUGUGUGAUGGAGCCUGGAUCUUGUCUGGUUCUACAGUACUUCAUGAUGGUGAAGCCGUUCUGGAUGAGUACGCCUGUGAUCUCGACGGCUGUAGCAUAGGCGAUCGUAUCGGAGUGCAGAAAACACGCAGCGGGGAGCUUCAUGUGUUCCACAAUGGUGCGGAUAAAGGCGUUGCUGCUUCAGGAUUGCCAUCCAGGGUGUACGCAGUGGUGGAUCUGUACGGCAAAUGCACACAGGUCACCUUGAUUGACACAACACAGGGAGUGAGUCACAGCCCUGAAGACUCAUCAACCAGCGAGGACGACAGUGACGAAGAAGACGACGAUGACGAUGACACAGAAACUGAGGACACGGAGAGGGGCGAUGAGCUCCCAGUCCCUCCAGACAACGCCUCCGUCAACCUACCAUCCAACGACGCAUUGCUGUUCCACAGAAGGCACGGGUCCUUGAUUACGCUGAUGAACAACGGAAGAACGGCCGAGAGGGGCAACGCUAGGGAAGAGUUUAAUAACGGCGUUGUCAUGACCAGCAGGCUACUGCGAAGUAACGAACUGUUUGAGAUAAGAAUAGACAAGCUUAUUGACAAGUGGUCUGGGUCCAUAGAAAUCGGUGUCACUACCCACAAUCCUGAAGCACUGGACUUCCCUUCCACCAUGACCAACCUCCGAUCAGGUACUAUUAUGAUGAGUGGGUGUGGCAUUCUGACCAAUGGCAAAGGAACAACCAGGGAGUAUGGAGAAUUUGAUCUGGAUGAUCUUGCUGAAGGUGAUCGCAUCGGUGUCAUGCGCAAGGCAAACGGCGACCUCCACUUCUUCAUCAACGGCCACGAUCAGGGUCGCGCGGCCUCCAACUCCCCUCAGCUCAUCUUCGGGGUCGUUGACCUGUACGGCAUGGCCGUCCGAGUGACCAUUCUGGAAUGGGUACCCCCGGCCACCCACGCCAUGGCCAGCUUUGUGGACCAUCGCGUGCCGAGACUCAGCUACUUACGCUCCCUUGCACAGCAAGAGUUGCCCAAUGUCUUUGAAGCGGGUGCCUGGGAAUGGACAGACAGACCACAGUUCCACGAGACGUGUGGCAUACAUGCCCAGGUUAUAAACGGCGGACAGACAGCCCAUCGGCCAAACGCCAUGGAUGACUUCAACAACGCCGUGGUUUUGACCAACCGUCCCCUGCAGAGCGACGAAAUGUUUGAGAUACGCAUCGAUAGAAUCGUCGAUAAGUGGGCGGGGUCUAUCGAGAUUGGGCUGACUAAACACGCCCCCCAGGAACUAGAUUUCCCGUCUACGAUGACCAACGUACGUAGCGGGACGUGGAUGAUGACAGGCAACGGUAUCAUGCACAACGGUAGCCCCAUCGUGGAUGAGUAUGGGCUGAAUCUGGAUCGACUCAGGGAAGCGGAUAGAAUCGGUGUAAUGAGGAAACGCAACGGUGAUCUACACUUCUUCAUCCGAGGAGUGGAUCAAGGCAUCGCGGCGACCAACGUCCCUCCAAAUCUCUUUGCCGUAGUGGAUCUGUACGGACAGGCCACGCAGGCCACUAUAGUUGAGCCAGGAGACUAUGCAGAGGAACCGGUGGGAGCAAGGGUACCAGCUGACGACAGCUUGCUACGCUUCUAUCACCUGCACGGCCGAAACGUCAAAAUCACCAACAACGGCUUGAGGGCGCAACGGCCGAGCGCCACGGGCGAAUUCAACGACGCCAUCAUCAUGAGCAACAGGCCGCUACGGGAAGGAGAAAUGUUUGAGAUCACCAUUGAGAAGAUGGUGGAUAGGUGGUCCGGAUCAAUAGAAGCAGGUGUAACAAGUAUUUCUCCAGAAGAACUUGACUUUCCCAGCACGAUGACUGAUCUGGAUCAUGAUACUUGGAUGUUAAGUGGUGCGUGCGUGAUGAAGGAUGGCUUAAUGUUGAACAAUGCAUACCUACUGGACCUCGACACUGUUCACGAGGGGGACAGAAUCGGCAUUCUUCGCUCGACGGACGGGACGCUUCAUUUCUUCCUGAGCGGACAGGACAUGGGUAUAGCGUGUACAAACGUUCCUUCGGAUGUGUAUGCUGUCAUUGACCUGUACGGUCAGUGUGCCCAAGUAUCACUGGCACCCCGUCCCACAUUGGUACCCCGUACCACACCGGUACCCCGUACCACUCCUAACAACACACAGGUAACCUCCAGGCAGAACUCACAGAACUCGGUCAUAGCAGUGCCAGGCUUGAUGCACAAGUUCCAUACAGUGUGUGGAUCCAGCAUCCAGCUAACGGAGGAUUUUGCCUCAGCCAGCCGCCUCAGGACGUUUGAUAACGCCAUCAUCUUCAGUAAUAAGCCACUCAAGACGGACGAACUCUUUGAGGUCAAAGUUGAAAAGGUCGCCAGUCAGUGGUCUGGUACCCUUCUCAUUGGGUUGACAACCCUGAAUCCCAACGACAUCACGGAGGGCCUGCCCAUCUCGGCGACCUCCCUGAGGUCAAAGGACACCUGGGUCGUGCAAGGGUCACAGGUCAAACACAACGGCCAGAUCAUCAAGGGGAACUUCUCAUCUACGCUGGAAAGAUUGGAGGUUGGGGAUACAGUCGGUGUCAAACGUUGUCAAGAUGGGACCAUGCAUAUCUUCCUGAAUGGAGACAAUCUGGGGGCAGCCGCUAAAGACAUACCAAAGAAUGUCCAUGCAAUCAUUGAUGUUUACGGCAUCGUAGAAGCUGUCAGUGUCAUGAGUUCUUCCGUCAUGUCCAUAGAGAACCAAAGACCACCGUCGAUCUCCUCCAGUAGUGGAGAAGAGUCGGAUAAAGAGGGGGACUCCACCAUUAGCAAUCCCAGCCCGACACACUUCCAUAACAACCACGGCAAGAACAUUGGCCUUUUUAACAACAACCUGACGGCGCGUCGAACGGCAAGCUACAACCAAGCUGUGGUGAUCAGUGAAUACCCGCUGCCCAGGAAAAAACUCUUUGAGAUUAAAUUGGAAAAGGUGUCCGAUGAAUGGACGUCAUCGGUCAAGAUUGGAGUGACAAACCAAUCGCCGGAAAGGUUAGGUUUCCCGGCCUCAGCUUCUAACAUCAAGAAAGGAACGUGGAUCGUGCAGGGAGAUGCUGUAUUCCACAAUGGUAACAAGGUGAGGACCUUCAACGGGCCCAACUUGGACCAGUUGAAGGAAGGCGACACGCUGGGGGUUCUAGUGGACGGCCAAGGCCAGCUACACCUGUACGUCUAUGGCCGAGAUUGUGGAGUCAUCGCUGAACACAUUCCGAACCCUUGCUAUCCGCUGGUUGACUUGUAUGGACAAUGCAAAGAGGUUUCCAUAGUAACUGAAGAAUUGGGUGCAAUAGGUGUCCAGGAGGAGACAGAAAAAGCAGCUUUUGAAAACGGUCUUAAAGAGAAUACGCCUCACUCAUUGUACGCCAUCGGGGGUAACGGUCGGAUAUGUGAAUAUCAGAACCUGUGUCUACGGUUCAAGGCUACGCUGGGGUUACACGAUGCCCACUUUGAAACGAACCCCAAGUUUAACAAGUGCUACUGCGAGCCGUGCCGUAAAUACCAGGGUACCAGUGAAUGCAGGGAAGAGGGAGAGCCAUUGCAACGCUACACACGGCCCUUCGGAUGGUGCAAGUUUGCCAUCAAACUUCAUAGCCGCUUCAUAGAGAUGCUGAAUAUCUUCAACGUGUGGCAUGUGGCUUUCCAUGGGACAAAAGCAGGGGCUGUCCGGAAGAUUCUAGACAGUGGGAUGUUACUCCUACCAGGGGAUAUUGCACUAGGCGGUGACCAACUCACCGAACAGCCCGGACAUUUCAACGACACCCAUAAACCUAAAGGGUUUGACACCAAGCAGAUCUUCAUCUCUCCAUCCAUGCACUAUGCAGGAUGCAACGUCUAUGCCACCAAACAGAAGUUCACUGACCCGAAGACAAAGAGUGUAUACAAUGUCAGCGUUGCGUUCCAAGUCCGUGUCCGUCCCAACAGCUACACCACAGGCCCGCAGACAAUCGGCGUCAACCACAACAUCGAUCCCCACAUUAACAACAGUAAGAUUGAAUGGUUCACGAAAGAACGAUCGGCAAUUGUGCCGUACGCUCUCCUCAUUCGAGUAGAGUCUAUUAAAUAAGAUUCGUGGAAUGGAUCUAGAGGGUGCUAUUUAUUUAUUUGCGUUAAUUAUCUGUAAUUGUAUAUAUAUAUGUAUGUAUAGCUGGUCAUAAUGUGAUGGUUGGUUUGUUAGGAGUAAUCUCAAUAAAAUAUCCAGGAUAAAACCUUAAAACCUUAUUUGUAAGGAUUACAUAGGUGAUUUAAAAUCUGGAUGUCGAAAGUAUGGAGUGCUAAAACUAUCAAAGUAUGAAUCAAUAAAAAUAAGGAUCAAGACUGAAGAAAAAUAUUGUUGAAAGGCUGUGACAUAGACUGGAAACGGACCCGAAACUGCAUGAGGUCUGGCAACAGCCUCUCAGAUUCUAAAAUUUCAUGUGUUACAUUGAGCAGUGACGAUUUUUUCUUUCUUUCUGUAAAGUCCGAUUCUCUAAGCUCACAAAAAAGAGUAGACGUAGCAAAACAUGCAGUACUUUAUGUGUGGGUGUGUUUAGCUUGGCCCAGUGUGCAGCCGAUGUUUGUCCAGCAAAUGUUGCCAGCAAAAUUUGUACAGUGUGCUUUUCCAUCAAUGCAAAAAAGAAAUUAAACAAAAAAUUUAGUGUUUGGUGUGAAUCUGCAAAAGAAAAUUGUAAAGUAUUUGUGAAUACCUUGUAAUUUAUAAAUAAUUUAUACCUGUAUAUUUAUGGAAUCAAAGCACUUCUUAAGCCUGUUUAUGCUUCUUUUCUUUUUUUUGGUAUUUCACAAAAUGUUUUGUUUGAGGCAAUGGAGCUAACUAAUCGGGGGGAAUUUUUUAUUGAAUUUUUUAAUUUUUUGGGCCCAACUUGAUCAGUGUUAGUAAGGGCUGGAUUGUACUAAGCACGAAAUGCGAACACGAAUGUGAAUUUGUGAUGCACUUUUCAGUGUUUCACGUUGCGAAUUCGCAUAAUUGAACAGAUUUCCACCCCAGUCGAAUUUCCUGUGGAUUUUUAUGACAUCACAUUCCUUUGUUUGUAUUCACUUGAAUUAUGAACCACCCUUAAUGUAAGAAAUUACCAAAAGUUUUAUGACGUCUGUUCAUGUGAGCUAGGUGGGAACCUUUUUUCAACUUCAAACCAAAAAAUAAUUGUCGAAUUAAUCGUCCCAACCCAAGGCCCAGCUGCACCGCAAAAAAAUAGAAGUUCGGUUCCACAGUAAAUAGAAGUUCCAUUGCACAGUCACACUAUUAGUGGCUCUGACCAAUCGGAUGAUGAUUAUUCUUACCAUUGCACUCGUAAGCAUUUUAUUUGCGUAGUAAUCUCGGCUGUGAUUGGUCAAAACAAUGUGGGCGGGGCUAUUUCGGACCGUUCUAUUAUGUAUGGAACCCAUUGUUCGUGUUCAAGUAGACUAUAAUAUGCAUCACAUCAUACUAUGGUAUCUGUGAGUUGUAUAGUCAUCAUUACUAUGUAUAUAAGAAAUAUAAAUGCUAAAUGUAUGGUCA